UCGAGCCGAGCUCAAGGCUCGAGCCAAGCUCAGGCUCACGGCUUCACGCCUUCUUCUUCCUUGACAGCUCCUAUAAACCUACCACCGCCUGUCGCUUCAGCUCCGCCUCUUCACGGUCUCCGUCUGCUGUCUCGCAUCAACCCACGCCGUCGCCGUCGGUCUCUUGUAAUCUUACCGUCGCCUGAGGAAAGCAACCGCCUUUCUCAAACUUACCAUCUCCGUUCCCAUGGCGUCGGGUGGAUCCUCCGAGAGGGCAACUGCCUCGAGCUCCAGAUCGUUUGAUUUCGGCUCCGACGAUAUCCUUCUCUCCUACGACGAUGCCUCAGCUCAGGAACCAUCAAAAGGAAGGCGAUCGGAUCCACCCGGGAAGGAUCUCCAUGACAACAGAAUGGGGAAAUCGUUGGUUAGAGUCUAUGAGCGAGAAGAUUAUUCCAUGGAGGGUGUAUUAUCUUCUGUCGAGAAGUGCAUGAAGAAAUAUGUUGAUAAUCUACAUCGAUCUCUUGAUGGUGUAAGUGGUCGUUUGACGCAGUUGGAGUUAGUUUGCUUCAAACUUGAAAGGACUGUUGGGGAACUGCAUGCAGAUUUCAUUCAAAAUCAGGGUGAAAAAGAUAUGAAGUUCAAAUCUUUCGAGAAGCAUCUUCAAGAAGUACAUAGAUCUGUUCAAAUUCUUAGAGACAAGCAAGAACUUGCUGAAACUCAAAAGGAACUAGCCAAGCUUCAGUUAGCGCAAAAAGAUUCUGCAGAUGCUAUUACACAAGCUGUUUCAGAGCCAAAUAGCGUAAAAGAGAAACCGGACACUGCCAACCAACAGUUGGUGCUUGCUCUACCUCGUCAAAUUGCUCCCACAGUUAUUCCGGUUGGUACUUCUCAGCAAGUUCAACUGUACAAAGAACUGCCUUUGUCUCAGCAAGCACCUGUUCCAUCUAACAUUCAACAAGACCACACUAUAACAAACCAAGCUGGCAAUUACUAUAUUCAGCAGUCAACAUUGCCGCGAGACCAACAUAGCCAAUCUGCACGACAUGAGCUGCACUACAUCCAUUCAAGACCUCAGCUUCAGGAUAGACCAAUCCAGGCAAUGCCACAACAACAACCGUCGGUAAACCGGAAUCAGCAUCUGCAAUUUCCACAAUACCAGCAGCAACUGCCACCACAGCACAAUCAGCAAUUGCCGCAACAACCUGCUUCACAGGCUCAAAUCAGAUCUCAACCACCACCGGUGUAUGCCCCAUAUCAAUCUCCAUCUCCCGUGGCUUCUGGUCCUGAAACCUUUCUUAGCAGCAUGCCUAUGCAGGGUCCUAAUCCAACAAUUACACAGGCUGGAGGGAUUCGUUCUGAAGCUUUUCCAUAUCGUUAUGGAGGAACAAACAUGUCAGUGCUACCGCCUCACUUGCAAAAUAACAUGCAGCCCCCAGUCAGCCAGGGUUCCUUCGCACCGCAGCCAGGCAAUGGUGGCUACAGCAGCACUGCAUCGCCACCACCAUAUUCCAUGCAAGGCUACAAUGCUGCUGCCUACAGCUAUCCACCAAGCAACCUUCCGGCUGCCAGGAACCAGCAAAUACCUCCUCUAGCUCAUCACUAUGAUUCUCAACCCAUUCGCAAUCACCCUUACGGAGAGAUGAUUGAGAAAGCUGUUAGUAUGGGGUUUGACAGGAAUCAGGUUACAAAUGUUGUCCAGAGGAUGGGCGAGAGUGGUCAACCAGUGGAUUUUAAUUCUCUGCUCAAUAGAUUGAAUGGACAUGCUGGUGGACCAUCCACUCGAGCAUGGUGAAACUCAACUCGGUGCAUACAGGGCAGUCUUUAGAUUCCUCCCCUGUACAAUAUGCAACAAUGUAGACUGAUACACAUACUGUUUUGUAUUCAUGAUGUUUGGAUCUGUCUUAAAGUUGGCUUAGACGAAUUGCUCUCAAGGAAGAACUUAUCCCUUGUUUGAAUAAGAAUAAGUGGUGAUACAAUAAAACAAAAAUCUGAGUCA